CGUGAAGGGAAGAAGUUGAAACGAUUUGUUGAGUGUGAGUUACUAAUGUAAUACCACAAAAUGUCGAAGAAUAUUAAGCAUUUAGUGGUGGACACCACCGCAUUUAUAAAGGCAGCUAGUUUACAAGAUAUUGCCGAAAAUGUUUACACAGUGCAAGAGGUUAUUGAUGAAAUAACGAACGACAGACAACGCAGAAAACUUGUAGUGCUCCCAUACGAUCUUAUUGUCAAAGAUGUAUUCACUGAGAAUAUUAAAUUUGUCACCGAAUUCUCCAAAAAAACUGGUGACUAUCGUAGUCUAUCAGCCACAGAUAUUAAGGUAAUGGCACUUACAUAUCAGCUGGAAAAAGAAAAAGUAGGCACUGAUCAUCUUAAAACCGAGCCUACAACACAGAAAGUUGUUAAAGUUACUGGUUUACCCAACUACAACUCUAAUGGAAACACCACAGAGGAUUCAGAAAAGAUUAACCAAGAAACAGGAGAACCAUCUGAAAAGACAGAUGAAGAAACAGGAGAAGUUAACACAGUAGAUAAAAUUGUUCCUCAAACAGACAACAAUGCAAGCAAUGACGAUAAUGGCAAUGAUGAGGAGGAAAUGGAAGCAGAAGAAAUUGCUGAACAAAUAAAAAAUAUGGACAUUAAAGAGGAAAAUGUGGAUGAAAUCAUUGUGAAGGUUACUGAGGAAGAAGAGGAGUCUGAAAGUGAGGAGAACUCGGACAGUGACAGUGAUGGUGGAGACUGGAUCACACCAGGCAAUGUUGCAGAGAAGAAGAAAGAAAUUGAACUCGGAGAAUUUGAAGUAAAGCCUGUUGAAGUGGCAUGUACAACAUCUGACUUUGCUAUGCAGAAUGUACUUAAACAAAUAGGUCUGAAUGUGACUUCUGUAGAUGGCAGGAUCAUUAAACAUUUACGCACAUUCAUCUUCAGGUGCACAACAUGCUUCAAAACCACAAGUGUCAUGACCAAAGUAUUUUGUCCUAAAUGUGGACACUCCACAUUGAAGAAAGUCGGUGUAAGUAUUGAUGAUGAUGGGGUGCAGCACAUUCACAUCAAUGGUCGGAAACCAUUGACAGCACGGGGCAAGAAGUUCAGUCUUCCAACACCAAGAGGAGGGCAGCACUUCCAAUACCCAAUCUUGACUGAAGACCAACACAUCCACAAGAGAUUUGCCACAAAAUUGGCAAGAAAUAAAACUAAUGCUAUGGACCCUGACUACACAGCUGGAUUCUCACCUUUUGCCAUGAGGGAUGUGAACUCAAAAUCAGCUGUACUAGGUGUAAGAGCAAACAAACAAGACCUAAAGUACUGGAUGAAAAACUGCUACAAAGGAAAGAAGAAAUAACUUUUAUUUAUUUGGCUGUAGCCAUUUUUUGUAUAUAGAAAAUAAAAAUAAAUAUCUUUUAUCAU